AUUCCCCCAGACCCUUAUAAUAUAAUAAUAUAAUAUAAUGAAAUUGACUCUCUGGCUUCUUAAUGUGUAUGCAGCUCUCCUACCUCACUUGCCAAGAUGGGUUGUGUAAAAGAUUAAACAAACAGUGACGUAAAUGAGUGAAGGGGAUGACAUAGUCCUGUAUAUAAAAUUAAUUGACUGUGCAAAAGGGUUAGAAACAUGGGUGUAAGGAGGAGGGCAGUUAUGGGAGCAGUUGUUGACUCACCCCAGCUCUUGUGUAUUUUGAUUUUAUUCUCUUUGUCUUUCUUACUGCCUGUAUUUUCUUCUCUUUCAUUGUCUUGUAAAUUACGAAGAAAGUUUCAUCUUAAUGGUUUGCACAAGGCUGGAGAUGUGGUUCUGGGUGGGCUCUUUGAAGUCCACUACAUAUCUGUCUUCCCUGAGUUUUCCUUCACCUCAGAGCCAAGUCAACCAAACUGCCAAGGCUUUGACCCUCCAGGGUUCAGACAGGUCCAGACCAUGGCCUUUGCUAUAGAUGAGAUCAACAGAAACUCCAACCUGCUUCCUAAUGUGACUCUGGGAUACAGUCUGUAUGAUAACUGUGCCACACUUGGAAUUUCAUUCCGUGCUUCAUUGUCAAUGGCCAGUGGUCAAGAGGAACAGUUUCUUUUGGAUGAGACAUGUGUGGGGGCUCCUCCAGUCCUGGGGAUUGUGGGUGAUGCAUACUCAACAUUUACAAUUGCCAUGUCCAGUGUGAUUGGUUUAUACAAACUGCCCAUUGUGAGUUACUAUGCCACGUGUCCCUGCCUGAGUGAUCGGCAACGCUUUCCAUCCUUCUUUAGAACAAUCCCAAAUGACUCUUUUCAGGUGCGAGCUAUGAUUCAGAUUCUAAAAUACUUUGACUGGACUUGGGUAGGCCUUCUGGUCAGUGAUGAUGAUUAUGGACUCCAUGCUGCCCGAUCCUUCCAAUCUGACCUGGGUCCAUCUGGUGGAGGUUGUCUGGCCUACACAGAGAUUUUACCCUGGGGCAAUGACUCAGUUGAAUUUAGGAGGAUUGUGAAUGUGAUGAAGAAAUCCACAGCUCGUGUGGUCAUUUUGUUUUCAUAUGAGAGUCACAUGAUUAACCUAAUGGAAGAGGUGGUGAGGCAGAAUGUGACAGGCCUGCAGUGGAUGGGCAGUGAAGCCUGGACAACAUUUGCUGUGCUUCAGACCCCUGACCUCAUGCCGUACCUGGGUGGAACACUGACCAUUGCCAUCCGUCGAGGAGAAAUGCCAGGGCUCAGAGACUUCCUGUUACAAAUACGUCCUGACCUACACCACAACAACAGCUAUGGAAAUAACAUGGUGAGAGUAAAUCAAUUUUGGGAACACACUUUUCAGUGUAGAUUUGCACCACCUCCAGCAGGUUGGGUGGAAGCUGGAGGAGCAUUAUGCACUGGACAAGAAGACCUAGAGAGUGUGGAGACUGAGUUGUUGAAUAUUUCAGAAUUCAGACCAGAGUAUAAUGUGUAUAAGGCUGUGUAUGCUCUGGCAUAUGCCCUUGACAACAUGCUGCAGUGUGAGCCAGGGAGAGGGCCUUUCAGUGGGAACAGCUGUGCCAGUUUUCAAAGAUUGGAGCCAUGGCAGCUUGUACAUUAUUUGCAAAAAGUCAACUUCACCACAUCAUUUGGUGAUCAGGUGUCAUUUGAUGAGAAUGGUGAUGUCCUACCAAUAUAUGAUAUCAUGAACUGGCAGUGGCUUCCUGAUGGACAAAUAAAAGUUCAGACUGUGGGUGAGGUUAAGAAGUCAGCCUUCAAAGAUGAAGAACUCACACUUGAUGAAGACAAAAUCUUCUGGAACUUUGAAUCUAAAAAGCCACCACGGUCAGUGUGCAGUGAGAGCUGUCCUCCAGGUACCCGCAUGGCCAGAAAGAAGGGGCAACCUGAGUGUUGUUUUGACUGUGUCCCUUGUUCUGAAGGAAAGAUCAGCAAUAAGACUGACUCUAUGGAGUGCACCAGUUGUCCAGAGGAUUUCUGGUCCAGUCCCCAGCGUGACCACUGUGUUCCUAAGAAAACAGAGUUCCUCUCCUAUCAUGAGCCUCUUGGUAUCUGCUUGACAACAACUUCAUUGCUGGGCACAUUUAUCUGUGCUGUUGUCCUAGGGAUCUUCUUCCAUCAUCACAGCACACCCAUGGUACGCGCCAACAAUUCUGAACUGAGUUUUCUGCUCUUGGUGUCACUCAAACUAUGUUUCCUGUGUUCACUGCUGUUCAUUGGACGACCCAGACUGUGGACAUGUCAACUGAGACAUGCAGCAUUUGGGAUCUGCUUUGUGCUUUGUGUCUCAUGUAUCCUGGUGAAAACCAUGGUGGUUCUGGCUGUGUUCAAAGCCUCCAAGCCAGGAGGUGGAGCCAGUCUGAAGUGGUUUGGUGCUGUGCAGCAGAGAGGGACAGUCCUGGUUCUUACAUCCAUCCAGGCAGUCAUUUGCACAGCAUGGCUUUUGUCUUCCUCACCAGCUCCAUAUAAAAACACUGAAUAUCACAAUGAUAAGAUAGUUUAUGAGUGUGUAGUUGGGUCCACAGUUGGUUUUGCAUUGUUACUUGGCUAUAUUGGUUUAUUGGCUAUCCUCAGUUUCCUGUUAGCAUUUCUGGCAAGGAAUCUUCCAGACAGUUUCAAUGAGGCCAAACUCAUCACUUUCAGCAUGUUGAUCUUCUGUGCUGUGUGGGUAGCAUUUGUCCCUGCUUAUGUCAAUUCCCCAGGCAAAUAUGCAGAUGCAGUCGAGGUAUUUGCCAUCCUGGCCUCCAGCUUUGGCCUCUUGGUGGCACUGUUUGGACCCAAAUGUUACAUAAUCCUGCUGAGACCAGAGAGAAACACAAAGAAAGCUAUCAUGGGUCGAGGCACCACAAAGUCAUAA